CUCCGACUCUUUCACUUCAGUCUCAGUCUCCGGCCCAAGUGGACACACGCGUUUUCUGAUCCAGCUGCUCGCAAACGAAACUUCAGAUCCAGCAAUGAAGGCCGUUUUGUGUCUGGCAGCUCUGGCUGUUUUCGUCUGCUCGGUGGAGUCCAAGUACAGUCCACCCAAGGUUCAGUUGUACAGCCGUGACCCGGGAGAGAACGGAAAGGACAACACCCUGAUCUGCCACGUGAGCGACUUCCACCCGCCUGACAUCACCAUCCAGCUGAUGAAGGAUGGAGUGGAGCUCCCCAAUGCCAAGCUGACUGACCUGUCCUUCAAACAGAACUGGCAGUUCCAUCUGACCAAGAGCGUGCCGUUCCUGCCCAACGAUGGGCAAAUGUACAGCUGCAAGGUCACUCACGGCUCGAACGUUAAAGACUACGCCUGGGAGUCAAACAUGUAAACGCUCAUCGAAGGCCCAGCUCUGUGUCUCCACUUGUUCAGUGAAGCUUCUCCACCACCACCACCACCACCUGCAGAGGGAACGUCACAUUGGAUGCCGCAGAGGUUGUUUCGGCCCUAAGCUACAGUUGCAUUUAUUCUUCACACACCUUCAAUCUACAGGAUCACGUACUCGUCCCGAGUCUUCUCGCUUUUUCUCUUUUUCCACAGAAACAAACAAAAUCACAUUAAGGGGACUGUUAAUGUUAAAUGGGUCUUUUUUCACAGGAGAAUGAAUUUAAAGUGUGACGCUUCCGACUUAUUUUCCAGCCUUUGAUACUGAAAAUUGUUGUGUAUAUUAUGUUGAUGUGAUGGAAUGUGCUUGUUAAAUCAGUCGACAGGCUAAUAUAUACAUUAAUUUGUCAAUUAAAAUGUUUUUUUCUUUUGAGUCUUCAAAUAUUAACUGGUUAGAUUGGUGAUACAUGGUGCAAGUGCUUUCUGCAAUUUGGCACCAAAGAGAUUUGUUAUAUUCGCCAAUAAAUAAAAGUCUCGUGAAAAUGUA